CUAGACAUUGGAUUGCGUACACAUACACAAAUUAGUUAAUCACCAGCUCCCAUCAUCAAUUAUCUCUUAAUGACCGCAAAUAAAUAACAAUAAAGUAGUAAACAAUGCAGAUAAAUAUGCAAAUAUCACCGCGCGUAUUUACCGCAAUUCAAAAUGUAAAUAUACGGGAAUUAUCGCAGUGUACACAAAAAGAAAUUCGCCCUUUGUUACCAUGUCUGGUUCGUAUGAGUUUAAUUUCACCUCUUGACAUCACAAGGGAAUGCGUUGAAGCCCGUAAAGAAAUAUUGACAAUUCUAUCAGGAAUUGAAUCAGUAAAUUCAAUUGUCGCUUUGCUGUCAAUUGAUUUUCAUGCUCUCGAAACAGAUGUACGUAAAGAACAACAAUUGAGACAAAAAAUUGGUAAUACUCAAGGAGACAGCAUUCUAGCCCAGUCUCUUCAAGGCGGGCUGGCUCUAGAAUUCGAACGAAGCGAAUCAACCCGACGAAUCCGUCUGGUUCUGAGCGAACUCCUCUUCGUGUCAUCGCAAAUCCAAGAGUAUCAAAAGAACACCGACUUCUCAAUAAAGCAAUCAGAUCUAUUUGACAAUGCGGUGUACAUGGAGGAGAUCAGCUACGUGAUCUGCAUCGCGUUGGCAGAACUUCCAGCCCUGUUGUCCAUAAGUGACAUAGCAGAGACUCUACUGCACGUGAAACACGGCCCGGAAAUAAUUUGCUGGGUAGUAGCGAACAGUCCCGACAGUUUCUUUGACGUCUGCACCCACUUGAUAGCCAACGGCGAGCGUCAAGAAGAGUCAGCACUUGGUAGAAUUCGUACACAAGCACUCACGAUGCUCUGUCGUAUGAAUCCGUCCCAAUCGUUAGCCAUCCGCGCGAAAUGCGUCGAGCUUUGUCGUAUGCCGGCUCUGGCAAUAACUUUGAGCCUAGAUCGCAACUCCUCGCAGUCUGCGGACCCAUCAUCCGAAAGCGAUGUCGUGGCUUUCGUGUCCGGUCUUUUGCUGGGAAGUGAUCAGCAAGUCCGCACCUGGAUCGCGAUGUUUAUUCGUAACGGCCAGAAAAGAAAGUGGGAGUCGCACACUGCCUUGCAGUCACUUCGGGAAGAAAUACUGACACGUUUGCGUGCAAUCGUCAGCGACGUGGCAGCCUCGGAAGGUCAACUUGCCGAGUCUCAGGUUGUAAAAGCCAGCGCGUUGCUACGACUCUACUGCGCGCUGCGUGGAAUCGGCGGGAUCAAAUUUCAGGACGACGAGGUGACGAUGAUUGUCCAGUUACUUACCUCCCAUCCUCCGCCAUCACCAGCUGGUGUGCGGUUCGUUUCUCUAGGUCUCUGCAUGCUGAUCGCCUGUCCGUCCCUGAUAGGACACCAUCAGCUGGAGAAGCGAAGUAUCGAGUGGGUCCAGUGGUUAGUACGCGAAGAAGCUUAUUUUGAAAGUGCCAGUGGUGUCACUGCAAGUUUUGGUGAAAUGUUACUGCUUAUGGCCAUUCAUUUUCACAGUAACCAGCUGUCAGCUAUUUGUGACCUCGUUUGCGCGACCUUGGGCAUGAAAGUUCCCAUAAGACCCAACAAUUUAACCCGGAUGAAGCAAAUAUUUAUGCAGGAUAUUUUUACAGAGCAAGUUGUCACUGCGCAUGCUGUUAAAGUCCCAGUUACCGCUAAUUUGAAUGCCAGCAUUCCAGGAUUUUUGCCAGUGCACUGCAUCCAUCAGUUACUUAAAUCACGGGCAUUCUCAAAGCAUCGAGUCCCGAUUAAAAAUUGGAUUUACCGGCAAAUUUGCAACAGCACUGCGCCUCUCCAUCCGGUACUGCCGGCUUUGGUCGAGGUCUACGUCAACUCGAUUUUAGUAACCAGCAGCAAGACAACAGAGCACACAAAUAAACCGAUAACAGAAGACGAGAUUCGUCGGGUUUUUCAAAACAGCGUAUUUGGCGCUAAUUUCAAAUCAUCAAAACGCAGCGCAUUGAGUCUUAUGGAGACUGAUGCUGAAAACAUGGACGUUGAUACGACAAAAUCAUCAUUGACAUCGCAAUUAUUAUUUUUAUAUUAUUUACUACUGUACGAAGACGUCCGGAUGAUGAACAUGCCGAAUUAUUUGUCACAAGGACGGAAAGUAAAAAGUUAUUCCGUUGAAUUUUUAUCUGAACUGCCGAUAAAAUAUUUACUGCAACAAGCGCAGCGGGAUCAGUUGAAUUAUGCGAGUUUAUUUUCACCGUUACUGAGACUACUGGCGACGCAUUUUCCCCACCUGUCGUUGGUUGACGACUGGCUUGACGAUGAGAUGAUUAAUAUUGACUCGACGGCCGCUAAUUAUGACAACGUUGUUAUUAAUGAGACAACGGUAAACGAGGCGUUUAAAAAUAUAAAAGUUUGUCCGAGUAGGACUGGACGAGUCUUGAGACAAAUGAUGAUCAUGAAGCCUACGGAAAUAUGGGGCUACUCGGAGAGUAUCAUUAAUUAUUUUAAGACAAUUCUUGAUGAAAAAGUACCGCGUUACAUACAAGAACUGUACAAACAAGUAUGGCUGAGACUGAACACGGUGUUACCACGUUGCCUGUGGGUGAUGUCAAUAAACGCGCUGCUGAUGGAAAUACCGACGGUACAAAAUGUGAGAUUGACGCAGGAAAAUAUCGUUCUUGAUCCACUUCAAGUACUGAGAUGUGAUGCAAGAGUAUUCAGAUGCGCGCCAGUUUUAUCUGUUAUUUUGAGAAUUCUACAAGCGACGCUUGCGGCAUCAAGGUCACAGCUGUCGCGUCACAUGCAGGAUCGACCUAUGACCGAAAAAGUCGGCCAGCUGACGAACGAAUCCGAGCGCGAGGAUCUACGCACUGCUCUGGUCGCUGGACAGGAGAGCGCGGCGGUACAGAUUUUACUGGAAGCUUGUCUGGAGACUGAGGAAGAUCGAAUUGUUGCUGGACAAAUGUGGUCACUGAGAGAAAUACGCAGUGUCGUUUGUUCUUAUUUACAUCAAGUCUUUAUCACUGAGCCUUCAUUAGCUAAACUAGUACAUUUUCAGGGAUAUCCGCGGGAUUUGUUGCCGAUAACAGUAGCCGGGAUACCAUCGAUGCAUAUUUGCUUAGACUGGAUACCAGAACUUCUGUCUCAACCAGAACCAGAGAAACAAAUUUUUGCUGUUGAUUUAGCGUCACAUCUCGCCGUUCAGUAUGCGCUGCCAAAAGCACUCAGUGUUUCGCGAUUAGCAAUAAAUACACUCAUCACUCUGCUGGGUGUAUUGCCUGCCAAAGAACGCGUCGUACUUUUUAUGCCAGUCCUGCCAGCACUGACACGAAUUUGUCUAGCGUUUCCACCGCUCGCCGAAGACACUACAGGACUUCUUCUGCAGCUGGGGAGAAUCAGCUCAGCACAAGCCGCGCUUGGUGAUAAAUCCGCGGAAAUACUUUGCCACGAAGUUAAUCAAACAUUUUCGUCUCUACUUCAAAAAGCUAUUCUACAAUCAAGAGUUUAUUAAAAUAAAAAAUAAUUAUUAUCGUGUACAUAAAUUACCCACAUGUUUAUUAUUAUUUACAUUUUUUUAAUGUACCUAAUGUAUGUAUUGUAAAUAAACUUUAAUAGUUUUAAUUAUU